AUGAGAGACGUCGAUGCCGCGGACGCUUGUUCACUCUGUCGCGUCACUAAGGGAUAUGCGAUGACGAAAUUCCUGUACCUCAUUGCGGUUAGCGUAGAACUUGCAUAUGUAAUCGUCGGUUCGAGGGAUGGCAAUGUCUCACGGGUCGUUACCGUGUCACAGCCCCCCAAGCCGCCCAUCAGCCCGCGCGCUUCUGGGAAUCGUGACAGUCACGUAACUAGCGAGUUGUGUGUGUGUGUGUGUGUGUCGUCGCUCAAGCGCAGGUUCGCCCGUGCGCGGGUCGGAGACCGCCCGCGGUUCCCUGCGGCGGAGGGAGCAGUCUGCUUCCUUCCUGUCUCCCACUGCCGGGCGGCAGAUGGGAACGGCGCGGAGGUAGCACCUCGGCAUCGAGAUGCGCUGGGCUGUUCGCACGGCGGCGAAUUUUUAUAG